CUUUUUUGAGUUAUAGUCAACGAAAUAUUUUAAAAAUAUAAAACAGUACAAUUGUAUGGCACUCAUAUGGACUUUUAUUUCCGAUGUGUGCUUACGUUUUUGGGCUAUUUUUCCGUGAUUUUUUUUCCUGCCUACCGUGUAUAACAUACAAAUUAAAACGAAUCGUUAUUGUUUUGUUUUUGUUUGUUAAUGUUUACUGAAAUAGUGAAAUCAAUCCAGUGCUUGCGAAUUCCGAUAAAAAAUAUAUUGUGAAGCUGAGUCGAGUCAACUGUUAUCUCGAAUAGUGGUGCAAUUGCCCUGAGAAGGAGCAUAUUAUUAUCAUUAGAGGCGAUUUAUCCGUCACAUGGUAUUUCGUUUGAACGUUUUAAUUUAUAUUUUUUUUAAAUCAAACUUACAAUUUACUGAUUCCGCAUGAUUUAAAAUUAAAAUCAAACAUAUUUCAAUACUUGGGAACAGUCCGAUAUUCAUAUAAAAUAAAAUAUAUUUAAAAAUGCCAACAUCUUGUUGUGUACGUGGUUGCAAGAGUAAGGGGAAUGGUAAAAUCAAAUAUUUCAGAUUUCCUAGGGACCUAAACCGUAGAUUACAGUGGAUACAAGCAGUCAGCGUCAUCAGAGAAAACUUUGUUCCCACAAAUAAUACCUUGAUUUGUGAAGCACAUUUUACUUCAAAUGAUUAUCAAAAUAGACCUGAUCUUAUUAAGUUGACACAUACUGCUGUUCCAAGUAUUUUCAACUGUCAAGAAAAUGAAAAACAGAAUGCUUCUCUGAAAAAAGUUAUAGAUUCGAGAUUAAAAUCCUCUAGAAUGCCUGCAAGAAAACGUCAUGGUAAUUUAUCAGACCAUACUUAUGUGCUGAAACUUCCCGAAGAGUCGAUUAAAUCGAAGAAUAUAGGUCCAUCAAAAUGUGUUGUUCACACAUUGAAUUCCGGUGAAUCAGAUAAAAUACCAGAUAAUUAUAAAAUCACUUUUAAACCCCCGGAGAAGAAUUGGGAAAAUAUUGCAAUGAUACAACAUAAUACUAUAUACGAUUUAAGGAAAAAAGUAAAAGUUCUUCAUCAAAAAAUCAGACGUUAUUCUUCAACAAUUGAAGCAUUAAAGGAGCAAUUGGAUAUAAUGAUGCGUUACUAAAAUCAAAUACCUUCAAUAAAUGUCAAUAAGAAUGUUUGAAGGUUUUCAAUUAA